UUGUUGGCUAGCAUGUGAGAAAGAAUCUCUGUUAUAUAAGUAGACCGUUUUCAUACAUUCAAGUCAGCUGAAUACUCUCGCAGAUUGAAGCAGCAGCAUCAUGUCGGUCGACAGCGUGUUUAGGACCCGCUCCCUCGGUGUGGCCGCCGAGGGUCUUCCUGACCAGUAUGCCGACGGCAAAGCAGCGAAAGUCUGGCAGCUGUACAUCGGAGACACGCAGAGUAGGACGUUGGAGUACAAGAGCUGGGUGGUAUCUUUGCUGAGAGAGCAUGGGGUGCGGAAAGUGCUGGAUGUAGCCUGCGGAACAGGAGUCGACUCCAUUAUGUUGCUCGAGGAGGGCUUCAAUGUGGUGAGUGUGGAUGCCAGCGACAAAAUGCUCAAGUAUGCACUGAAGUCGAGAUGGGACAGAAGAAAAGAAAAAGCUUUCGACCAGUGGGUAAUUGAAGAGGCCAACUGGCUGAUGUUACAAGAUGACAUUCAGAAACCAGGCGAUGGCUUUGAUGCUGUUAUCUGCCUGGGCAACUCAUUCGCUCAUUUACCAGAUUUUAAAGGGGACCAGAGUGAACAGAAGUUGGCCCUUCAGAACAUUGCCAGUAUGGUGAGACCAGGUGGUAUCCUCAUCAUUGACCACCGCAACUACGACUACAUUUUGGAGACCGGGAAAGCACCAAAAGGCAAAAAUAUUUACUACAAGAGCGAUCUAACUCAGGACAUCUCCACCUCAGUGCUGUGGGUCAACAGUAAACCUCAUAUGAUCACACUGGACUACACCAUCACUGUGCCUGAGGCUGCCCUCCAGAAUCUUCCUGAAGUCAGUAAAUUCCGUCUGUCCUACUACCCUCACUGUCUGGAGAGCUUCAAAGGUUUGCUGAAAGGGGCAUUCAACGGUAAAGUGGAGCACAGCGUCUACGGAGAUUUCCAGACAUACAUCGCGGGUCAGUCCCAAGCCCCGUGCUACUUCAUCCAUGUCUGUAAGAAGACAGCCUAAGAGCCCUACCCAUCAGCUCUGCCCUGUUUAAGUCCCAACAUGCUCCUUCAAUCUUCCAGAUUACGGAAACAUUUAAUUAGAAUAUGUUUUCAACAUAUAUCAUCUCAUAUUUCUUGUAAAAAUAGAGUUUUUUGACAAAUAAUGGAAAGUAAUACACAAUGUUUGGUCACUUAGGACCGGUUAAGUCAAGAACACAUAGACUCUAAAAUCAUCCACGUGUCCCUGAUAGAUUGUUGACUGCAGUGUCCCAUGUUAAUACUUGAGCAUACAUAAGAUCGGCCUUUACAGAAAUGCUUGAGCUACUAAGUCUCUUUGCCUCUACUAGGAACAACUGGAUGAUUUUUAUCUAUGUGCUCUGAUAGCAUGAGUGGAGUUAACCACAGCUAGUUCUUCGAACUUUCAAAUAGAUCAAUAGUCUUAAUAGGAAGAGCUUAGGUUACAAAAUAACACCUACAGAGUGUUCUUCAUUUCUUAAAAACAGAUUCACUCAAACUGUAUUGGACCAUUGUUUUGCCCAUCGUUUUGUCUAUCAUCUACCCAAUAUGCUGCUUAUGUGUUACAUUUUCUUCAGUUUCUGUCCACCCAGCUUCUUCCCUCCCUGAACUUUAAUAUCCAAAAUGAACAUGUUUCAAAAUGGUGCUGCACACCGGUGAUAUUCCUCACGAGGGGAAUACUUGUCCAUCGCCAGUUAUGUAAAGAGAUGUAUUCAUAGACAAUUCUAUUUUGUACGUUUACCACAAUGGUCUUAAAUGCACAGAUAAAGCAUCUGUGUCUUUGAUUAUGUUACCAUUUCUUUUUUCAUGUAUUGUUGAACUGGAAAAGAAAGAAAGGAGAUGAUCUCAUUUUGGCCUCCUGCCUUUCUUAACCAUCAGAGAAAUCUUUGACAGGCACAGCAUGAUGACAGUUUCACUGUGUUGGUCUCACUUUUAUGAGAGCCCCCCCACAAUCAAGUGUCAUUUACUUAACUGUCAUCUUGCACAAUCAUUAACAUCACUUUAAGUAGUAAUCAAAACAGCUAGUAAGUCUUGUGAAUCACCACCUAGGCCUGUUAGUUUUAGUUUAACCUGCUUGGAGUGUCACACAAGGUACAACAGGAAUUGCUUACCUGUCAAGCAAUCUGUGAAGACAACAAGGAGUUCAAUCAUAGGAAUGAUUGGGAAUUAUCCACCGUUGAUUGCUUUUUACCAUCUUACCAAAUGCCUCUCCAGGUCCAGAUCUGACAUCUGACCUUUCUGAGGCAGGCAGAAAGAAAAAAUUAUGUGGCUCAAGACUUCUCAUAUUUUAAAAUAAUUUGCCUUUAUUUUAACAAUUAAGACUUUGUUUCACUUUGUUUUCUCUUACUGUGUGGUACAAUAAAGUUGACUGUAUUUGAGCCAACAGCAGCCUUCACAUUAUUUGGUCAUUUCCACUUAUAAACCUGUGAUUGUUAUCCAUUGAAUGUGACAGCAAAAACUACAGAAUCAUUUUAUGUUUACUCAAACAGCCAGUGGCUAAGCAGGGUUUUACCAAACUGGUUAAAAAUACAAACAGUUGCCCAACACUCUUCUUCUCAACCAAAGACUUUUGAAAAGUAUUAUUUUCUUUGCUCAAUUUUGAAUUUGUUUUAUUCAAUUGUUCUGCACAGAUGCACUGUGCCGUCUCUCAAAUAAUUGAGUUUACCCAAAUAAUGAGGGAACAAUGGGAGAAUAAUUUAUGUUGCUGUAUUAUCCAGCUCCAAAUACAUUUUGUUUUCAUACCAAAUUAAAAAUGAGAGAGCUCCAGAAAUCAAAUGUUAUCCCUGCCCCUGCUGUUUGCCAACAGGGCCGCAUGGUGCAUUCAAAUGUUGUGCCAGUGCCUGUUGUAGAACAAAAUGUACGGUGUGCUGUAGUAUGUGAUUAAUAUGAGAUCAGCAGUAGGUUCAGAAUGUGGUAAGAAAGGCUGUGGGUUUGGAAGUUUAUGAAGAAAUCAAACUAUUUCAGAACAGUCUUAUUAUGUUACAAUUCUUUUAAAAAAAGGUGUAAAAACUGUUAAAAUUUUUAUUGCUUAUAUAAUUAUUGGAAUUAUUUUGCAUGGAAUAAAAAGAAAUUGAGAUAAGUG